AAUUUUACAAUCGAAACACGAAAAAAACAAUAAUAAUCCCCACACACAGCACAAAUCCCUCGUAGCACAUACAUACCCAACAUAUGUAUCCCAUGUUAAUUCAGCAUGCGAACGAAUGACACAAUAACGUAACUGAGAGUACAAAUAUCGCAUAUCAACGAAUGAUUAUUUCGUGGGUUGUGUUACCGGAGUGAGUGAGACCAGUGAAACAAAACCGGAAAAUUUGAGAACAACCUGUUUUGUCACAUAACAAAUGAAAUGCUAGACAAUUGAUUCCUCGGCAAUUAAUGAACCGAGCAAUUAGUGCUGUUUUAACCUAGUGUUGAGUGCAUUGGUGAUGCAUGGGAAGUGUCACAUGGUCACGCCUCUGUUUACGCAUUAACCCCCAAUUGUUUGUUUUCAUUAAUACGAAAACAGUCAGUGAUUUUUUUAUAAAAUAAGUACAAUGGAUCAGGUGGAUGGAGAUUAUCUGGGCUCGUACAGGAGAUUUCUCGAGGAUUUUGUCAAGAGCAUGGAUCCCGACGAUCAACUCCCGGUGAAAAUGACAAGCUACGACGUCAGGGAGGCUGAACUCGUUGGUGAAGUCAUCGACAUGACGCUUCGGUAUUUGAAUCAAAAAUAUUGUCCACCCAGCCUUCAGUCUCACAUAGUUCACCUCGUCAUCGAAGAGAUAAAAGUAAUGUGCAAAGCCCAACCGGAGGUCUGUGGUCUCAGGCCACAAGAAAAGACAUAUGCUCCACUGAAGUUGAUGCAGGCUGUGACCGGUAAAGUCAACGAAAUAUGUCGACGUUACUUGGAGAAUAGCAGACUAGCCCUCCUACCACCACCACCAGCUACUCCUCUACCUCUGACGACAGUUUAUGCUAUAAAAAAUAUCCGACGAAAGAUGGAGGAUCGUCAUGUUGUAUUGCACGAUUUAAAUACUAUUUUUAAUAUAGAAGACGAAUCAACAGCGAGUUAUUAUGCUGUAUUCGAUGGGCAUGUUGGCUCGGAAGCUGCUGUCUACUGUGCAGCACAUUUACAUCAGUAUUUAGCCGAGAGUGUUCAUUAUCCGACUGAUCCAGAGCGUGCAUUGCGCGAUGCAUUUAUCACAACUGAUGCACAUUUUGUACAAAAAUCUCAUGAUUUUGGAGUUAACAGCGGUGCAACAGCUGUUUGUGCAUUGCUUAUCAAUAGAAAAUUGUAUGUCGCUUGGGCUGGGGACUCUCAGGCGGCACUUGCCAAACGUGGGAAUGUCACACAACUGGUUAAUCCACACAGGCCAGAUAGGAGUGACGAGAAGGACAGAGUACUGAAGAUGGGCGGAACUGUGAUGUACUGCGGGAUGUGGCGAGUGAACGGAAAUCUUGCUGUAUCACGAGCAAUAGGUGAUGCACAGUACAAGCCUUAUGUCACUGGUGAUCCAGAGAUACGCUGUGUUAUGCUCGAUGGUAACGAAGAUUUUCUGAUUGUCGCUUGUGAUGGACUCUGGGACUAUAUCGAUGAGACAACAGCUGCUGGAAUUGUUUACCAACAAAUCUGUCAAGAUCCACAGAAUCUUCAAGCAGUGAGUCAACGAUUGGUCGAAUACUCGAAGAACAAGGGCUCCGCUGAUAAUAUAACCGUGAUAGUGGUGUUUCUAACUUCACCCAAUCAAAUAGCAACACGAUUUACUCAUAAUCAUCCGCUGAUUGCGGAUGUUGAGUUGAAUAAUAUGGAGCCGGACAACAGGUACUUCUCAUCGGCAACCGGCCAGUAUGAAGUCAGUGCUGGUAUCAAUGCGUCGUUUGGCAAGGGAAUGAGAAAUCAGAAUAAUGGAGGGGGAUUCGAUGAUGAUGAAUUUCCCUACAGCAAAUCAUCUAAUGGGAGACAUGAGAAUGGAGCUGUGGACUACGACGAGGAGGAGGAUGAUGGAGAGGAGGAUGAUGACGAUGAUCUUGGCCCAGAGAGCAAUGUUGAUGCUGUAGAUGAGGCUAGUGAGGUCUGCACAUUAGCUAAUGUCUCCAGGGAACUUUUUCCGGAUGAAUCGCCCAAGGAGGAGACACUGGGGGACGAACUGGAGGACACGGGUGUGAAACUCUCUGGUACCAAGAAAAAUGAGCAUGUCGAUCCAGAGAAUGUAGGUGACAGUGAGGACUCUGACGACGAGUGGAAUUACUACAGGGUCGAUUCGGAUAAGUUGAAAAAUCAGGGGAUACAGGAGGCUGAGAGGUGUGACGAUCAGCAACAACUGGAGAUUGGGGACUCUGAGGAGCAAAAAGCUACUGAACCUGUGGACAUUGCUGAGAGUGACAAGGAGAAGGAGAGAGAGGUCGAGGAGAAAGAGACCGUUUCCAGUGACAGUGACGAGGAGAGAGAGGUUCCACAACAGCUCACUGAACCCGAGAUUUGCGAGCAAACUCCAACGACAAACCUCCCCCUCGUCCCGGAGCCUUCAGAACUCCACCAAUUAUCCCCCGAAGAAAUGGACUUCCAGCUGAAUCCCAACGCCGCCGAAUUUAUUCCGGUGUCACCAGCACCGGCACUAUCCGCUCGUAUUCUAGAUCUUCCAAUAGCUGGUUCACCCCUCAAACAGACCCCGAUGAUGGACGACAUCCGUGUGCCCAGUCCCAAUGAAUUUCAGGAGGAGGUGAGCCACCGUCCGAGUGAGAUUGAAGGAAAAAUUGUCACCCCUCAGAAUGGUGAUGAACUGGACGAGAAAGUGGAUGAGGAGAGGGUGAAACCAGUCUUCAGUCUCGAUGAGUCAGAAGUCUCCUCGACAAAGGCGGAGUUUGGAGAUGAAUCGACAGCGAGCUUCCUGACAAAUCCGGAUUAUCACAGAAAUCCUGGCCUUGAUGGAUCUUUCACCAGUUCGUAUUCAGGUUUCGAGAAUGAUCCAAUGAUCAUGUCCUUUGGUCCUGGUGAUUUUAAUCCACUGAACAGCAAUCCAGUGGAUCUCAACGCUGUUCACGACUUGACAGAUGCUGAUCUGAUGGCCGAUGGCAAUAGUUCGGGACUACAGGACGAGGAACGGGAUAAUGAUGUGCAUCCUGAGUUGGCUGAUCUCAUUUCUCCUGAUUCUGAUCAGCCAAAACCAUCGGAUGCUUUUCCCGACCAUCAAGUGAGCGAUAUGUUCGGAAAUAUGAGCCUGGAGCAGCACAUCGAAGAGCGAAUUGAGCAAGAGGUAGAAGCUAAAAAUCUAAAGAACUCAAAUCAAGAGGAAUCAGCUUGUCAGUCCAAUGGAGGAGAGCUGCCACUAGGUUAUGAGGGACAAGAUAUUGAGAUUAAUGUCAAAAAUCCAGAAUCAGCGGAACUUGAAGAGCCAGUCGAGAGCGGAGAGAGCCUCUUGGAGGUGAGGGAGAGCCCUAUGGAAGUGAGGGAAAGCCCUGUGGAGAUGAGGGAGAGCCCUAUGGAGCUGAGGGAAAGCCCCUUGGAGGUAAGGGAGAGCCCUAUGGAGGUGAAGGAGAGUCCUUUCGAAUCGAGGGAGAGCCCCUUCGAAACGAUGGAGAGUCCUCUGGAGUUGAGACAGACUCCUCAGGAGAUAAGAGAGAGUCCCUUCGAAGCGAGAGAGAGCCCUUUCGAGGCAAGAGAGAGCCCCUUCGAGGCAAGAGAGAGCCCCUUUGAGGCAAGAGAGAGCCCCUUCGAGACGAGAGAAAACCCCUUCGAAGCAAGAGAGAGUCCCCUGGAGGUGGAGAGUCCUCUGGAGGUGAAAGAGACUCCCUUAGAGGUAAGAGAGAACCUCUUUGAGAUGAAGGAGAGCCCCCUAGAGGUGAGAGAGAGUCUAAUCGAGGUUCAGGAAAGCUCUCAGGAGAUCGAGAGCCCUAAGGAGGUAACGGAAAGUCCUGAAGUCCAGGAAAGCCUUCCAGAGACGAAGACAACCCCCCUGGAGGUACCUUUGACCUUCGACCUCAUAUCCUGUGACUCCACAAGCCAGAAUCCCUUCGUCUCUUCAUCAACUGAAGAAACGAAUGGUGAUUUAAUUGCUUGCAGUCUCACUAAAGAGCCAAAAAUUUCGAGUCCAAUGCAGGAACUAAUGGACGUGGAUCCAGUACUUGAAGCCACAUCCCCAGUAUCAGACAAACCUGAUGACCAUUUAAUCCAUUAUGACGACUUAAUCACCACAUCUGAGGCUAAAUCAACACCUCCAGAGGAGCCCGUGGCUAUAAAAUUAUCCGAAUCCCUUCAGGAAUUCACUGGUCUCGAGGAGCAGUUCAAUCCACUAGAAAAAGAUUCAGGCGUUGAGACACCGAUUAUCGAGGACUUGAGAACUGAUGCUGAUCUUAUUGCUUCCAGUCCUGAGCCCAUUGUCCAAGAGUCUGAUAAACCCCAUGUUGAAGUCAGUGUCGAACCUCUAGAGUCCAAACCAGCUGAACCUUUAAUUCCUGAGAUUGUACCAACAAUUGUGGAGGCACCAGUGGCUCCAGUGAUAGCUCCAGCUGUCGUUGAGAAAGAAUCAGAAAAAGAAAAAGCUCCGGCGAAAGCUAAAACAGCAGCAGCAUCGAAAGUAACAUCAAAACCCCCCUCAAAAACCUUAAAACCAGAUGUGAAAUCCACUGUAAAAUCCUCACUGUCUCCAAGUAAGCCCCCCACUCGUCCCUCAGUCCCACCAGUAAAGAAAGCAUCACCACGUCCACCGACAAAGCCUCCAACAGCUGGAGUAACAGCCCCAAAACCAUCAAAACCCCCAGUGAAAGCACCGGCUCCAAGAGUCGCUCCAAUUCCACCAAAACCAAAACCGACGACUGGAGUUUCUAGACUCUCAGCAACAAAGACAUCAGUGACUGAUAAAAAACCUCCAGGUGUUGUUAAUGGAGAUGUGAAAACAGCCAAAUCCAAGAUAACUAGUAAACCUCCAGCUAAAUUGCCAAUUGGAACCACUAGACCCACGACAGCUCCUGCAAAACCCAAACUUCCCUUGACUAGUGUUAAAACGUCCACUGCACCUACCACUGGAACUGGAGUGGGGGCUAAACCACAAAGGCCCAAGACAGCACCAUCCGCGACUACCACAACUACACUGACAAAUACAAGAAGAACCUCAACAACUGCUAAGUCUCCAGUCAUUGAUAAGCAGAUCAAGGAAACAGCAAAUAAACAGAUAUCAUCCAGUCGCACUUCUGUCACUGCCACCAGCAUCAAGAAAACUACAUCGACGACUACAUCCACUGUUGCUACUGCCAGACGUGUCACUACGAUAACUGGUACUACAACUGCUACCAAGAAACCUCCAGCCAAGCCCACUGGAAAACCAACUGCUGCUAUGAAUGGAAAGGCUACUACCAAGACAACAGUCAAAGCUAAAUUACAGAAUGGGGUUUGCGAGGUUAAGAAGACAGAGGAGGAGGGGAAGAUCGAGGAAGACGUGCCACAGAAGGAUGUCUCGCCUGUUGAUGCGUCUAACGACAAUCAGCUCAUCAUCACUGCUGAAUAGUUGGGCAUAUGCUUUUGAUGUUUUUUAUCUGUCAAAGGUUAGAGGUUUGGUUUGUCUUAGGAGGGAAAGUGUCGGUGAUUCUGGGGGAAAUGGUGGACUGAGGAAUUUUGAUGUUUUUCUUUUUGCUCCAAAAUGUGGAAAAAAUUUUCGGGGAUUUAAUUUUGAAGGCUUAGGAAUUUGAAAGUUGAGGAUGUUGAGAAACUUUUUUUUGCUCAGAAUUUCACAAUUUAUUUGCUGAAUAUGUCAAUUGAUAUUUUUCCGUGGAAUUAUUCUUCUUAGAGGUUAAUUUACGCUGUCCUGGGAUUUGAAAAUAAAUCAAGGAAAUUUACUUUUCGAGGACUGAUGAUUUUUUUUUCUCAGAGUGAGUACUUGCGCGGGCAGAUGGCCGAGAUUUUUUAUGUAGAUAAUUCUUUUCGUAUCAUUAUAGAAAACAUUUUUUUAAUAUGUGCAUCCAGAAUUAGGGAUUAAUUGAGGAUUAACUCAAAUAAGAAAAUGUGAAAUCACCAAAAAUUCAUCAUUUAAAUUUUCCACUUUCACCAGCUCCUCCAGAGCGCCCUCCCCACCCAUUCUUCAAUUGACAGCGUCGAUUUUUAAUUUCUUAAUGACUCCAUAUAACGAGAGAAGCAUAAGGAGAGCUUAGGAAUUUUAUACUCGAAAACGCUUGCAAAUUUUCCUCUGUUAUUGUGUAAAUAAUCUAAAUGCCUUUUCGUAAUUAUCGAUAAAAGCAUAACUAUUAAUUGUAGCACAUUUUUUACACGAUUAUCGCAAAAAAACAUUUUUUUAUAAAUCCAUCGAAUCAAUAUCAUGGUGCUCGCUCACGUGGGCUGGCGAAUAUUUUCCUUUGUCUUUUUUUUAAAUUUCACUAACGAUUCGUUCAGUGCGUUACUCUGGGCAAUUUUUUUUUCAUUUUAUAUGGCUUUGUAAUGAUAGACCCCGAUGUCGGAUGGUUGACAUCGCACAGGUAUCACCAGCGACAAGAGAAAAAAAAUGAAAGUACGAAAAAAAAAAUAUUGAUAAAAACCUCUGGCAAAAGUCGAUGAGAUAAUAGAUAUCAUAGUUAUCCUUACAUUAUGCAUUUGUUUUCGUAAUUACUGAUAUCAUCAUGUGCAUUACAUACUCGAUUAUUAAUCAUGUGCGAUUUUUGUCCUCUGUUAUUGAAAGAAAAAGAGAGAGAGAACGAGAGAAAUGAUGGUGAAAAUCGAGGCUUAAUGGUAACGAGAUAAAAAAGAGAACGAAAAAAUUCAUUAUUUAUUUGUGCGUUCCUACUAUUGGACAAGUACAUUCAAACAAUUGACAGAAUUUAAUUGAAGAGAAAAUAAAAUAAUGAGAGAGCGUAACGCUUUGUAUAUCCAUCAACGUUACGUUUUUUUCUCAUUUCCUCUUGUGUCUGUACAGCACGUUUUUUUUUAUUUAAUGUGAUACCUUUAUAAUUAUUAAUAUUAUUAUUAUAAUUAUUAUUAUUAUUAUUAUAAAUUCAAGACAAUAUGAGAUAUUGAAUAAAUAAAGUUUAUAUUA